AGAUGAAAAUCACAAAACACAAAAAAACUCGUAAAUAUAUGAGUUUCUACAUAAACAACUUCGGAUUUCGGGAACCGCUUCUCGUACUUAUCGAUGGGAGUUUUUGCUACGCUGCGUACAAGGUACGUUUGCAAAUCGCGGCGCAACUGAAAAAGUAUUUCCAGUGCGAGGUGAAACCAAUCGUUACGGCAUGCAUCAUAACGGAGACGGACAAUCUCGGAGCCGGUUUCGUUGGCACCAGUCAGCUGUUGAAAACAUUUCUCGUACACCGUUGUGGCCACGAAAAGCGGCCACUGGAUGGGUCAUCGUGCAUUAAAGCCAUGACGCAAACGUGCCACUAUAUCGUUGCCACACAAGACCGCGCUCUUCAGGAGUGGGUACGGAGCAAUCCGGGCAUACCGUUGUUUUAUCUGCACAACAAUUCCGUCCCAACGCUUGUGCAGCCGUCGGAGGCCCAUCGCCAGGCAGCCACUGAUGGUCAAAAAAAUCGAGUGGGAAUGCGAGCGAUAGACCAGACGACGAUACAUGCGAUGAAAGUGAAGGAGGGUCUCGUUGCGCCGGAUGAUGUCGAGCGAAAGAAGAAGAAAAAGCUUAAAAAUCCCAAUCCGCUUUCGUGCAAGAAGUCGAAGAAAAAGAAAAUCCUUUCGGUUCGGUUGAUCGAAACCCAGAACAAGCCUUCAGUGGAUGGAGACGAAAAAAUAACAACGAAAAAGGCGAGAAAGCGCGUAAAACUGCCAAAACAUGUGGUAGAACAUCUAAAACAGACUACCCAAACAUAGAACGAAGGCUCGGAUGAAACAGAUCUUAUU